AGUUCCAAUAAACCAACUAGCUUUAUAUAAAAAAACAUAAGUCACGCGUCAUAUUUUUGUUGAUUUAUUUCUACCUUCUUGAAAACAUUUUUUUUAAUGAAAUGUUACCAAGAUUAUUAAAAGCAAAUGAUAUCCGCAAACAUCAAAUAAAUACUUUAAAGAUAUUUAAUGAAAACGUUGCUGAAAUUAUCGAAGGAGAAGAAUAUGAUUUAUAUUUUAAUUCUGGAGGUAACAAUUUAUGUUUAAAAGUAUCUUUACCUAAAGAUUUUCCCAAUGAAAAACCUUCGUUAAAAAUAAUACCCACAAUAGUACAUACUUGGAUAACUAGUGACGGUGAUAUUACUUCAGCCCCUGGUUUGCUUAAUUGGACUGUACAUUCGGAUUUAGGUAGAGUAGUACAAGCAAUUAUAAGAGAGUAUCAAAGAACUCCACCACCUUUAGCUGUUAAUCAAUCAGCGAGUAUGUCACCUACGAUUCCAAUAAAUGGCGAAAUUCGGGCGAGUCCAAUAAAUUUCUCCACGUUCUCAAAUAUGAAGAGUUUUUCACCUCCACCUCACCCACAACAAAUUCUGUCUAUUCCAGAAUUGUCGACGUUAACUUUAGACGAAUUACAAUUUUUGAAUGAAAAUACAGACAAACAGGACGAAUUUAUUGAACAACUUGCCCCUAUUAAAGAACAAAACAAAGCUUUAGACAGUUUAAUUCAAAACGUUGAAGAACUAGCAGAAAGUAACUUUAGUAAAGAAGAUAAAUUAAAAGAACUGAAAAAAAGCGUAGAAAAUAGAUUAGAAGAAAUAACAAAAUUGGCGUUUGAAAAUGAAAGAUUACAUUCUGUGUAUCAACAAUUAUAUGACAAAUACGCUCCGAGAAAUAUACAGGAACAACUUAAGUUAGAAGCAGAAAAGGCCGACAUAGAGAGUGAGAGAGUAGCCGAAUCGUUUUUAAACGGAGAUAUAGACGUCGAUAAAUUCGUUAGUGAUUUUAUUAAAAUUAAAAUUUUGUCACAAAGUAGAAAAACUAAGGAAGAAAAAUUAGGUCAGCAAUUAGAUAGACUGGAACAAGCUGGAUUCUAAUUACUUUGGUGCAAUUCUAGUUUGUAUUUUUUUUUAAUAAUAAAAUAAUUCAUAAU